UUCGCGGACUGUUUGCGACAAUGCCUGUCCAAAUGCUCCGUGAGACGCCCCGCCCGCCGCCCGCUCCGCGUCCUCGGCGCGUGCGCCUCUCAGGCAGCGCUUCGGGCAGCCCUGGUCCGGGCGCGCCGCGGGCUUCGCAGGACCCCGCGCCGGCCGCCUAGGGCCGGUGGACGCGGCGGCGGCGGCUGUGCGGAGCUUCUCUUCCCGCCGCGCUCGCAGCCCUGGCUGACGAAUUGGCGGCGGGCGCCAUGUCUGUGAGCGAGAUAUUCGUGGAGCUGCAGGGCUUCCUGGCUGCGGAGCAGGACAUCCGAGAGGAGAUCCGGAAAGUUGUGCAGAACUUGGAGCAGACAGCCCGGGAGAUCCUCACUCUGCUGCAGGGCGUCCAUCAGGGCGCCGGUUUCCAGGACAUUCCAAAGAGGUGUUUGAAGGCACGAGAACAUUUCAGUACAGUGAAAACACAUCUCACGUCGCUGAAGACCAAGUUCCCUGCCGGGCAGUAUUACAGAUUCCACGAGCACUGGAGGUUUGUGCUGCAGCGCCUGGUCUUCCUGGCGGCGUUCGUGGUGUACCUGGAGACAGAGACCCUGGUGACCCGGGAGGCCGUGACAGAGAUCCUGGGCAUUGAGCCAGAUCGGGAGAAGGGCUUUCACCUGGACGUGGAGGACUAUCUCUCAGGAGUUCUCAUUCUCGCUAGUGAACUGUCGAGGCUGUCGGUCAACAGCGUGACUGCUGGAGACUACUCCAGGCCGCUUCACAUCUCCACCUUCAUGAACGAGCUGGAUUCCGGAUUCCGCCUUCUCAACCUGAAGAACGACUCUCUGAGGAAGCGCUAUGACGGCCUGAAGUACGACGUGAAGAAGGUGGAGGAGGUGGUCUAUGACCUGUCCAUCCGGGGCUUUAAUAAGGAGACAGCGGCUGGGGCAGAGAAAUAGGAGGCCCCUGCUCCUGGCCUUGCUGACCUCGCAGUUGCCCGGGGAGGGGUGAGCAGAGUGCCUCUUAGGGUAGUUAGGAUGCCCAGUUGCUAAACACUGCGCUUUAUUUUCUUACCCAGCUGUGCUGUGGCGUCAGAGUGCACACACACGGACAGCCUGUUGUUUCAGUGGGUUUGCUCUGUUGCUCUGUGUAUUUUAGUCCUGUCACAGUGUGAGUGUCGGUCUCUUGGUAAAGUUGUUUUCCUGCAUACCCGACUGUGAGAAGUCUAUUUUGUUUGUGAUUCUUCCAGAUACAAUGCUUGAUGUUUUCUUUAUCCAAAUUAGCCAUCCACACCAGUAUACAGAUAAUUAAAAAUAAUGGUUGCCAAGGAAGAAAACGUCCUACCUUCUGUUAAGCCUGUUCUUGUUAAGGGGGUGCAGCCCCAAAUUCUUCUCUGCCGUCAGCAAAGUAUAAACGCUGA